AUGGCGAUAGUAUCAGAUGACGAGAUUCCUUCGGAGCGAGAGGUCUAUACCUCGGACACCACCAGUACUGACGACGACGAUUUCCAGCCUUUUGCGCUACCUGACGUCGGAGUAGAGCCUGCUGAUGGCCUUCCCGCCGGGGACGUACCACUUGCGGUGAUCCCUGCUCCUAUACCGCUUGCUGCUUAUCCAGUCGUAGAUAUGCCACUCGAUGUUAUUUCUGACGACGAUAUCGAUCUGUUUGAGGAGGACCCACCUGAAGCUGACCAUGAGGGCGGGGACCCUAUUGUUGCUGAUGUCAUUUUACCCAUUGCAGAGGCCCUUGCAAAGGAGCUUCCUGCCGGUUCACCAGUCCCAGAUUCCUUUGAGUCCGUGGCAUCUGUGUCCUUACACGCUCAGGGAGUGCAGCAUCACUCUCAUGACGCCGACCCAAACAUGGCGUUAUCAGCUGCAUCUGCUCCCUCACACGAUCUCGAGUUCGACCACGAGGUUGACGAUGAUUUUGAUCCUAACUUUCCCCCUGGUUUUGAUCCGGACCAGGAUAUCGAGUUCAUUCACUUGGACCAGCCCCUAGAGGAGCCUGUAGCCCCUAUCGAUCCUUUGUUUGAUGAUCCCGCUGAUUUUGAUAUGGAUUUUGUUGACUCGGAGCCUGUCGUGGCCCCUGAGCCAGUCGUUUCUCCUGAUCCCGCAUUAGAGCGUGACCCUAUUCAUGAUGAUGCACCAGCCAUUGCACCCUUUGUUGAUGAUAUACCCGUAGCUGAUCAUCCUGUUAUUGCUCCACCGUUAGUGGAUGAUCAUGUUGUUGACGCUCCUGUUGACGCUCCACUCUUGAUAGAGGAUCCUGUUGUUGCACCAUUUCCUGAUCCUGUGCCGGUGCUGUUCGACCGUGCACCUUUUGCUACCCAUAUAGAUCCACGUUACGCCGACACCUGUAACGGGUGGAUUGAUGACGAUGAAGAUUAUCUACCAUUUGUGUUACCUGUUACACCACCAGUAGCCCCCGUUUUAGCACCCAUUUCUGCACCCACUGAUACCCCGUUGUUUCCCCCACACACCACAGAUGCACAUCGCAUAGAUCUUCCUGUUACGUCCCUCCAGGACAUACCGCCACCGCGUCCUGGAGAGGGGUCAUCUAGACAGUCGCCUGUUCCUGUUCCACCCAUGCUUUGA